UUAACUUGAAAUUCAUUUGCAGAAUUCAAGUGAGAGAAGUCAUGGCCAGAUUACUACUAGCGCUUGUAUUUUCCUUGGUUUCUAUCGGAAUCAUCGACGUCAGCGCUCACAAUGUUCAGAUAACUAUAUUGGAGAGUGCAAUUGCUAAAGGAGCAGUUUGCCUCGAUGGUACCCCUCCGGGUUACGCUUAUAGCCGAGGGUAUGGAGCAGGAGUCGAUAACUGGCACAUCUACUUACAGGGUGGUGAGUGGUGUGUGAAUGUUGAUGACUGCCUUGAAAGGACAAGAACUCCAAUUGGAACUGGUCCAACGCCCGGCAACAUGUCUUUCGGCGGGAUGCUCGAAGAUAAUUCCACCUUUAAUCCCGAUUUUUACAAUUGGAAUACUGUUCAUAUUUUUUACUGCGACGGUUCGUCCUUUUUUUCCAAUGUCGACGAGGUAGAUCCGGCACACAACCUAACUUAUAGGGGUGCAAGAAUCUAUGAUGCCAUGAUGGAUGAGCUACUAAGGCUUGGACUUGGAAAUGCUAAGAAUGCAUUAUUGUCUGGCGGUUCAGCGGGGGGACUAGCCACAAUCUUACAUUGUGAUAAGUUCAAGACCCUAUUUCCUAAUACUACUAGGGUUAAGUGUCUAUCAGAUUCUGGAUUUUUUAUCCAUGGAGAGCAUUUUGUUGGAGCUGAUUGGAGAGAAAAUCGCUUCUCCGACGUGAUAUCAACACAUGGCUUGACAAAUUUGUUGCCUCCGUCAUGCACAUCCAAAUUCAAUCCAACUCUGUGUUUCUUUCCUGAAAAUUUGGUCCAAGAUGUUAAAACUCCAUUAUUUCUAAUCGAAUCAGCCUUCGACCUAUUUCAGAUCACACAAAAUGUGUUCCGAUAUAUAACUCCAAGAUGGUACGAUUGCACACAUAACUUAAUGCUUUGCAAUUCGACCGAGAUAACAAUUAUAAAAGAUUUUAGGAACACAUUCCUAAACACGAUUACGAAUACAUUUGCUGAUAGCUCCUCGAGAAUAGGUUAUUUUGUACAUACAUGCUAUGCACAUGGCCACCUAUGUAGUCAAGACUAUUCAACAUGCUCAUCAUCGGCCGGACACAACGUGCUUAAUAAUAAGACGAUAACACAAGCCGUGAGUGAUUGGUUCUUUGACCGGAGCGAAUUCAAGCAAAUGGACAUUUGCAAUGACAUGCCACGGAACUGCACUGUCACCGACUGGAAUUCUUUUCUUCAAACGUGUGCAGCGUGGAAUGCCAUAAAUUAAUAGCCUUCGGAUUUUAAUUUCUAUUUUCUGUUAAUGAAUGAGGAUCAAAGUUUUCGGUUAAA